AUGGAUGAAUUUCACGAAUUACAAAAGAAGUUAUCUCAUAUUAGCAGACGUUCUUCUGUUGGACCUAGUAAAGUAGAGGAAGGCAAUGUGCUCGAGGAUGAAUUUAACCUGAGCAACUUUCUACAUGGUAUGUCCCACAGUCAAAGGGAGGCAGGACAUCAACUGAAACACCUGGGAGUUGUAUGGAGAAAUUUAUCCGUUGAGGGGCUGGGUGCAGAAGCUCAUGUCAUCCCAACGGUAAUAAGUGGAGUACUUAAAUAUCUGCAAUUUUGGAAAGUUUUCGGCUGGAAAGCUCGUCAAAGCACUAAAGUAAUCCUGAAGGAUCUUUCCGGUUUCUGUAAGGAUGGUGAGAUGCUUCUAUUAUUGGGUCGACCAGGAGCUGGUUGUACGACCUUACUUAAAAUUAUCUCGAAUAUGCGCGCCUCUUUCACAAAAAUAAGCGGAAGUGUCAGUUAUGGCGGAUUUGAUCACAACACGUUUUCAAAAAAAUUUCAGGGGCAAACAUGUUACAAUUCUGAGGAAGAUCAGCAUUAUCCAACCUUAACUACAAAACAAACCUUGCAAUUUGCUCUCCGUACGAAGACUCCAGGAACACGAUUGCCGAAUGAAACGAAGAAGGAAUUCAUACAUAAAAUUCUCUACUUGUUGGGUAAUAUGUUAGGUCUAACCAAGCAGAUGCAUACAAUGGUCGGAAAUCCUUUUGUCCGUGGUCUUUCAGGUGGCGAAAGGAAACGGUUGUCAAUUGCCGAGCAGAUGACCACUCAAAGCACCAUAAAUUGCUGGGAUUGUUCAACGCGUGGUUUAGAUGCUGCCUCCGCAUUGGAUUUUGUACGAUCUUUACGUAUCAUGACCAAUAUUUUUCAGAAAACAACCGUUGCAACAUUAUAUCAAGCGUCAGACAGCAUUUAUCAUCUUUUUGAUAAAGUGUUGCUUUUAGACGAUGGUUAUUGCCUCUAUUUUGGGCCGGUAGCAGAAGCGAAACAGUACUUUGAAGAUAUGGGAUUUCACUGCCCACUACGAAAGUCUACUCCGGACUUCUUAACUGGCAUCUGUAACCCUUUAGAGCGGGAAGUAAAGCCAGGGUUCGAGCAUUCAAUUCCAGUCUCUGGGUAUCAAUUUCAAGAGAGGUACCAAAACUCAUCUGUAUACCAAAAAAUGAUAAAAGAGUUAAAUGCGUAUGAAGAAACUAUAGAACGCGAAAGACAGGCUGAAGAGUUUAAAAAAGCAAUGGUUGAAGAACAUCAAAAGCGUGCCCCUAAAGGUUCACCAUAUACAGCAUCAUUCUACCAACAAGUAAAAGCCUUAACAAUCCGUCAAUUCCAUCUGUUGAUUAAAGAUAGGGAAGCCCUAAUUUCGCGUUACGGAACCAUUCUAAUACAAUCGCUGAUUACCGCCUCUUGCUUCUUUAAAAUCCCAUAUGACGGCUCAGGCGCCUUUUCACGGGGUGGUGCUAUUUUCUUCUCGGUGCUCUUCAAUGCACUUAUAUCCCAAACUGAAUUGGUGAACUUUUUAAUGGGGAGACCAAUCUUGGAGAAGCAUAAACAAUAUGCUCUUUAUAGGCCAUCUGCGUUUUAUAUUGCUCAGGUUAUAAUGGAUAUUCCGUAUGCGUUGGUACAAGUCUUACUCUUUGAGAUUUGUGUUUAUUUUAUGAUGGGUCUCAAUCUAACAGCAGGAAGAUUUUUCACAUUCUUUAUCACUCUAUUCUUUGUCAAUAUGUGCAUGAAUGGUUUCUUCAGAAUGUUUGGUGCAAUUGCUUCAAGCUUCUUUUUUGCUACCCAAAUCUCUGGUAUAACUCUUAUUGCAAUAAUCACCUAUUGUGGUUAUGUUAUUCCUUACGGAGACAUGCAUCCAUGGCUUUAUUGGAUUUAUUGGAUUAGCCCUAUAGCGUAUGGAUACAAAACACUGCUCGUCAACGAAAUGAAAGAUACUUAUUACUCAUGCGAAGGUCCUGGAAAUUCGGUACCAUUCGGGCCAGGCUAUGACAACUGGGACUAUAAAGUAUGCACAAUGGUUGGGGGUAAACCAGGAGAAAAUUUUGUACUAGGUGAUGACUACUUAUCGCAGAAACUUCAGUGGAACACGAAGGAUUUGUGGGCUCCUGAUUUCGUAGUUGUCAUUGCAUUUUUUAUCUUAUUUACUGCAAUAACUGCUACAGCUAUGGAGUUGCGCGGUGCAAAUUCAGUUGCUUCGUUGACUAAACUCUAUAUUCCUGGCAAAGCUCCCAAAGCUCGUAGUGAGGAAGAAAAGCUUGAACGUCAACGUACACAAGCCAGUCGUAAAGAUUCUGUAGAAGUAGUUUCUACAGGUACAGUAUUUUCCUGGCAGAAUGUUAAUUACUCCGUACCUGUAAAAGGAGGUAACCUGCAGUUAUUGAACGGUAUUAACGGGAUUGUCAAACCUGGACACCUGACCGCUUUGAUGGGCUCUUCUGGUGCUGGAAAAACGACACUUUUAGAUGUACUGGCAAGAAGAAAGACAAUUGGUAAAGUUGAUGGCCGUCUUUAUUUGAACGGCGAAACAUUGAUAAAUGAUUUUGAGCGCAUUACUGGAUACUGUGAGCAAAUGGACAUUCAUCAACCUGCUGUUACCGUUCGCGAAGCAUUACAAUUUUCUGCAAAUUUACGACAACCGUAUGAGACGCCUCAAUCAGAGAAAGAUGCUUAUGUCGAGCAGAUUAUCCUCUUACUGGAAAUGGAAGACAUAGCUGAUGCACAAGUCGGUGAAGUGGAGUCUGGAUUUGGUAUAUCUGUCGAAGAACGUAAACGACUAACAAUAGGAAUGGAACUCGUAGGCAAGCCUCAAUUACUUUUCCUAGAUGAGCCAACUUCUGGACUCGACGCGCAAAGUUCAUUUAAUAUCAUCCGGUUUAUUCGUAAGCUUGCUGAUGCUGGCUGGCCAGUUGUCUGUACUAUUCACCAACCUUCUGCUAUAUUGUUUGAGCAUUUUGAUCAUCUUCUUUUAUUGGUACGCGGAGGACGCACUGCAUACUACGGCGAAAUUGGCAAGAAUGCUCAAACUAUGAUUAGCUACUUUGAGACGAAUGGCGGCCCUAUUUGUAAUCCAGCAAUGAACCCUGCCGAAUAUAUUUUAGAAGUUGUUGGUGCUGGAACAGCAGGGAAAGCGAAUCAAGACUGGGCAGAGAUAUGGGCAAAAUCAAGUGAAGCGAAAGCGCUUGAAGAAGAACUAGAGCAGAUACACCAAUCGGCUAACCAGCAUCCUAAUAGAAUUGCAUUGACCUACGCUACUCCCUUUACAAGACAACUGUACUUGGUUCACAAAAGGAUGGCUCUUGCAUAUUGGCGAUCACCCAAUUAUAAUAUUGGACGAUUCUCUACUAUUAUGGCUGCAUCUCUAAUAACGGGCUUCACUUAUUGGAAACUAUCAAUUACUGUUUCAGACCUUCAAAACCGUCUAUUUGCAUUGUUUUCAACGUUCCUUAUGGCAAACAUCUUGAUUAUCUUAGCCCAACCCAAAUUCAUGACCGAGCGACUUUACUUUAGGCGUGAAUAUGCGUCCCGUUAUUAUGGAUGGGUUCCGUUCGCUAUUUCAAGUAUUCUGGUGGAGCUACCUUACAUAUUGUUCCUAGCCGCCUUCUUCAUGUUUGGAUUCUAUUGGACAGCUGGUAUGACUAAUGAAUCAGAGGCUGUAGGCUACUUUUACUUGAUGUCAGUCUUCUUCGUCUUCUGGGCUGUUACACUCGGUUUCGUUAUCGCAUCCAUUGCAGAAAAUCCAACCAUGGCUGCUGUCAUUAAUCCAUUGAUUAUUUCCAUGCUGAUUCUUUUUUCAGGUUUCAUGCAACCAGCAAGAGCUAUGCCUCGGUUCUGGAGUUCAUGGAUAUAUUGGCUUAAUCCAUUUCAUUAUUAUAUAGAAGGCCUAGCCACAAAUGAAUUAUCACAUGUAGCUAUUCAAUGUAAAAGUCAAGACUUUAUCAAAUUCUCUCCUCCACCUGGUCAAACUUGUGGUGAUUACACGAAGAAUUUCUUCUCCUAUGGAGCGACAGGUUAUAUGAAUAAUCCUAAAGCCAUGCAACCAGAACUGUGUGAGUAUUGUAGCUUCAAAAGCGGUCAAGAGUAUUACACAACAACCUAUGGAUGGGAUUCUUCACAUAAAUACAGAAACUUAGGCAUUAUUAUCGCAUUUUUCAUUUUCAACGUUUUCAUCUUUGGCGGUCUCGUCUAUUGGAAGCGUAAAGGACGAAGAUGA